AUGGCCUCAUACGUGAACCUUCCGCCCUGCGGAUGCUCGUAUCUCCACGAAAACCGUUGGGGAUACCUGCCCCAGGUUGACCUCGAUGUCCAUGCCACCAUCUUGUCCUCUACAUCCAGGACAAAGCUCUCCCAGACCUUCGUCAACCCCCGCUCAGAUGCCAUCAGGGAAGUGUCUUACACUUUUCCCAUGUACGAUGGCGUCAGCGUCGUGGGCUUCCGCUGCCGCAUUGGCGAUCGGAUCCUCGACGGAGUGGUCAAGGACAAAGAGCAAGCCAAAGCCGAUUUCGACGAGGCCGUCCGCCGGGGACAAGGUGCCGGCCUCCUCGAGCAAUCCGUUGAUGCUUCGGAUGUCUUUCGCACCAAACUGGGCAACGUCCCCGCGAACGGCAGGGUGACGGUGGAAAUCGUCUACGUCGGAGAGCUCAAGCAAGAUGCGCAGACGAAUGGCGUGCGAUAUGUCCUUCCAACCGUCGUGGCCCCUCGCUACGGGUAUCAGAGCGACAGCAGCUUCGGGUCGAACGCAUCGACAGGUGGCAUCAAGAUCACUCUCGACGUCUCGGUCGAAAAGGGCUCCGUCAUCCGCGCCCUCCAAUCUCCCAGUCAUCCGUAUCAGAUGUUGCUUGGUCGCACGUCUACGAUGCCUGAAGGUUCUUUCGAGCCCCAUCAUGCGUCAGCGACCACGUCCAUCCGAGGUGACGUCCUGCUGGAGCGAGAUUUCGUCAUGCUCGUCAAUGCCGAAGGCCAGGACACGCCCGUGGCCUUCCUCGAGACUCAUCCCACGCUGCCGCAUCAGAGGGCGCUGAUGGCGUCCCUGUUGCCCAAGUUCAGCCUGCCGAAUAACACGCCGGAGAUUGUGUUUAUCAUCGACCGGAGUGGCAGCAUGGCAGAUAGAAUAGAAACAUUGAAAUCAGCCCUCAGGGUCUUCUUGAAGUCGCUGCCAGUUGGCGUGAUGUUCAACAUCUGCUCAUUUGGAAGUCACUUUUCUUUCUUAUGGAGCCGCAGUAAGAGCUACAAUGCCUCCAGCCUUGAGGAGGCUCUUCGCCACGUGGACACGAUCGAUGCUGACAUGGGUGGUACGGAGAUGUAUCCGGCUGUCGAAGCGACUGUUGCCAACCGCUUGAAGGACAUGGAGUUGGAAGUCCUCCUGCUCACAGACGGUGCAAUUUGGGAGCAGAAAGCGCUUUUCUCUUUCAUCAACCGAGCCGUGUCCGAGAACCCUAUCCGAUUUUUCAGUCUUGGAAUUGGCGAUGCAGCGUCACAAGCGCUCAUCGAAGGGAUUGCCAGGGCCGGAAAUGGUUUCUCCCAGUCCGUUCUCGAGGAUGAGGAGCUGGACAAGAAAGUGGUUCGCAUGCUCAAAGGCGCUCUCACGCCUCAUAUCAACGAUUACACGAUCGAGUUUGAGUAUAGCCAGGAAGAGCAGGACGACUUUGAGAUCAUCGAACAAGCGAACACGAUUCCCUCGGUGGAAUUACCAUUCCGUGGGAAGGAUGCUGUCGAAGACAAGCCAGAGGACAAGGGAAAGCAGCCGAUAUCUCUUUUCGACAGUGCCUACAAGGAACCAGAACUUGAGACUGCCGCUCCGGCUCCAGGCGACCGUUUCAAGAAUCUGCCCCCGGUCAAGCCGCCGCAGCUGCUCCAGGUGCCGACCAAGAUCUCAUUGUAUCCCCUCUUCCGGUCUACCAUGUACAUUCUCUUAUCCCCAAAAGCCCACGAAAAGCCUCCUCAGACCCUGCUUGUCCGAGGCACUUCAAAGUAUGGGCCACUGGAGCUGAGAAUCCCGAUUCAAGACGUUGGGACUGGCGAAACCAUCCACCAACUCGCCGCGAGGAGAGCACUGGUGGAGCUGGAAGAACGCCGCGGGUGGAUAUCGAACGCCAGAGUCGGAGACGGUCGCCUCAUCAAGGACGUGUACGACAGCAAAUGGGAGGACAUUGUUGCCCGCGAAGGAACGCGACUGGGAACCCGAUUCCAGGUUGCCGGAGAGUGGACUUCAUUUGUCGCGGUGGAGAGAGACAGCGAGGGAAACAUCAUCGGUGAAGGAACGAUAGCAGAAGAAAAGCCGGCCGGUCCGGGUUGGGGAGACGUCAGACAUUGUUCUUUCAGCUCUAGCCCUCCUUUCUCUCGUGGUGGGAGAUCAUUAUCCGGUGCAACUGCCUCUGCUCAACCUGCUGCUUUCUUUGGCGGACCGCCGAUGGCACGUCGCAUGAUGCAUAGGACUGCAGGCUCCCGUCAUGCUUCAGUGACUCCGUAUAGGCCACCAGCUACUCGCGGUGGCUUUGGUCAGCUUACCAGAUCAAUACCUCAUGAGGCACGAGGUGGAACUCGCCCGAGAGACAGGUUGUCAAGAGGCCUGGAGUCUUUCUCACCGGCCAAGAGUGAGAAAAACACUGCGCCCUCCAAACAAACCAAGCUCAACGACAUAAUCACGCUGCAGACAUUCGAGGGAUCCUGGGAGUGGACUCAGGAUCUGCUUCAUACAAUCAACUUGGACCCUGAUGACGUCGCGAAGAAAGUGCAGGAAGCCUUUGACGUCGCUGCGAGGAGAAAAGGCAUCACACAGCCGAUCAACCCGUUCGACAGUCGAAAUUCCAAGGCGGUCCUUGCAACGACCUUGACGCUCAUAUUCCUGGAAAAGACAGCUGCCGACUUGAAGGACACCUGGGAGCUGAUCGGCGACAAGGCAAGAAGCUGGAUAAGUUCAACACUUGCCAGCAUGGAUGAGGGGUUUAGAACGGCGUUUGACGAUGCGAAGGCGGCCUUUGAGAACUUCUUCUUCUAA